CGGUUGCGUUCAUGUUGGUGUCGAUUCCAUGGAGGAUAGUUGAUGACUGUGGCGGUGCAUUUACCAUGGGGGCCAUUGGAGGAGGGGUGUUCCAGUCUGUUAAAGGCUUUCGAAACGCACCUGUGGGUGUACGACACAGGCUUAGGGGGAGCGCAAAUGCUGUGAGAGUAAGAGCACCACAAAUUGGAGGUAGUUUUGCUGUAUGGGGUGGGCUCUUUUCCACCAUAGACUGUGGUCUUGUGCGUUUGCGGGGUAAGGAAGACCCUUGGAACUCCAUCACCAGUGGAGCCAUGACUGGAGCUAUACUGGCUGCACGCAGUGGUCCGCUAGCCAUGGUGGGCUCUGCGAUGAUGGGGGGAAUUCUGCUUGCUCUAAUCGAGGGAUUCGGGAUUCUUCUUACAAGAUACACAGCUCAGCAGUUUCAGAAUCAUGAAGUGUUGUAUUAUGUUUGCAAAGAAGGGACAUUGGCAGAAGUGGUCAGCAGCAAAAAAAGUGCCCAAGAAGUUUAA